GUGCGCAUGUAUUGAGGCGGCCCAGCCCCUGAGUCACCCGCUCCGCUGCUCAGCCGCUCCCGGCAGGGGCAGGAAAAGGCGGCCACCAUGAACCGCCUGGGCAGGAAAGGCAAUGAGACCCUCAUCGAGAUGUCGCUGUCGGCGGACGAUGACAUUGCGAUUCUCACCAAGUUCAAGCCAUCACAGUCAGAAGGGGAAGAAUGCAAUGGACCCUUAAGUGAAACUAUUUCAACUGCAGGAUCAGAAAUCCCAAGCAGCUCUGAGGGCCUAAGCAGCACUGAGACUACUUUACUCAUCCCUGAACAUCAAGUGAUUGAUAAAAGACAUCAAAGCAAAGAUUCUAUUUUCUUCAGGGAUGGUGUCAGGAGAAUCGAUUUUGUUCUCUCCUAUGUGGAUGAUUUUAGUAAGGAAUUGGAAAAAAAGUUGGAAAGAAGAAAAGAAUUUGAGAGCAAUCUGCUAAAGGCAGGUUUGGAACUAGAAACAGAAGACAAGAAGGAAUCCGAAGACGGCAAGAUCUUCUUCGUGAAGAUCCACGCGCCGUGGGAGGUUCUGAUCACGUACGCAGAAGUGCUGAACAUCAAGGUCCCCAUCAAGGAAAAUGACAUUCCCUCCACGGUGGAGAACCCCCUGGACUGCAUGCUGUUCCCACUCAGGCUGCCCGAGAAGGUGAUGCACCCCGAGCCGGAUUAUUUCACGGCCCCGUUCAGCAAGGACAAGCAGGAGCUGUACCUCAUAAACGACAAGAACACUUUCUUCUCACCGUCCAUGAGAAACAGAAUAGUUAAUUAUAUCCUCACACGUUGCCCUUACGGAACAGGAGGGAAGAAAAAGUUUGGGAUUAAGAGGCUGCUGAACAAUGGCACCUAUACAGCUGCAUAUCCUCUUCACGAUUGCCAGUACUGGAAGAAGGCAAAUGAUCCCAACUGUGACAACGAGAGGUACACGCUCUACAUGGAGUGGGCGCGUUUCCUGCGCUUCUACAAAGAGCAGCCUUUGGACCUCAUCAGGAAGUACUAUGGCGAGAAGAUUGGAAUCUAUUUUGCCUGGCUGGGGUUUUACACUGAGAUGUUAUUCCUUGCAGCAGUUGUUGGCUUAAUCUGUUUUCUUUAUGGCUUGUUUACAAUGGAUGAAAAUAUGAGCAGCAAAGAAAUCUGUGACCCUGCAAUUGGAGGAGAGAUCAUCAUGUGCCCUCUUUGUGACCAGGAGUGUGACUACUGGAGGCUGAACACCACCUGCGAGUCCUCACAGUAUUCCCAUUUGUUUGACAACGUGGCAACUCUUUUUUUUGCCAUUUUCAUGGGCAUAUGGGUUACGCUUUUCUUGGAGUUUUGGAAGAGACGGCAAGCUAGACUGAAAUACGAGUGGGAUUUGGUUGAUUUUGAAGAGGAGCAGCAGCAACUCCAGCUGAGGCCUGAAUACGAGGCAAAAUGCACCCAAAAGAAGAGGAAUCCUGUCACUCAGGAGAUGGAGCCUUAUUUGCCUUUAACCAGCCAGGCUGUGCGGUUCUGCAUCUCAGGAACUACAGUGUUGUUCUGGGUGUCCCUGAUCAUAGCCAGCAUGAUAGCUGUCAUCGUGUAUCGCCUGGCGGUGUACGCGGCCUUCGCCAGCCUCAUGGAGAACACCCAGACCUUGCAGCCCAUCAGCGGGCUGCUCACCCCUCAGCUGGCAACCUCAGUCACCGCCUCGUGCCUCAAUUUUGUCAUCAUCAUGAUACUGAACUUCUUCUAUGAGAGAAUAGCCAUCUGGAUUACCGAUAUGGAGAUCCCCAGGACUCACAUGGAGUAUGAGAACAGGCUCACUAUGAAAAUGUUUUUGUUCCAGUUUGUCAACUACUAUUCAUCCUGCUUCUACGUGGCCUUCUUCAAAGGGAAGUUUGUUGGUUACCCAGGUGCCUACACAUACAUGUUCAAUCGCUGGAGAAAUGAAGAGUGUGACCCCGCGGGCUGUUUGAUAGAACUGACGACACAGCUCACCAUAGUCAUGGCUGGCAAACAGAUCUGGGGGAACAUCCAAGAGGCCUUUGUACCCUGGAUUUGUAACUGGUGGGGUCGUCGGAAAGCCAGAAAUAAUCCCGAAAAUUUGUACAGUCGCUGGGAGCAAGACCACGACCUGCAGACAUUUGGAGCCUUAGGCCUGUUCUAUGAAUACUUAGAAAUGGUCAUUCAGUUUGGAUUCAUCACCCUCUUCGUGGCAUCCUUUCCCCUGGCUCCCCUUCUUGCUCUGAUGAAUAAUAUCCUGGAGAUUCGAGUGGACUCCUGGAAAUUAACCACCCAGUACAGGAGACCUGUGGCUGCCAAAGCACACAGCAUAGGGGUCUGGCAGGAAAUCCUGAAUGGAAUGGCCAUCCUGUCUGUUGUCACUAAUGCUUUUAUUGUGGCAUUCACAUCAGAUAUGAUCCCUCGUUUAGUUUACUACUAUGCUUAUUAUGAAAAUGAAGACUCACCUAUGUCUGGGUACAUAAACAACAGUCUGUCAGUGUUUCUAAUCUCAGAUUUUCCUGACAGAAACAAACCUAAAGAGAAUCCAGAAAACUUCGUCAUAUGCAGGUACAGAGACUAUCGAUAUCCUCCAGAUCAUGAGAGGAGAUACUUACACACUAUGCAGUUCUGGCACAUUCUUGCUGCAAAGCUGGCCUUUAUAAUCAUUAUGGAGCAUGUUGUGUUCAUCGUCAAAUUCUUUGUAGCCUGGAUGAUUCCUGAUGUCCCUGCAGAUGUGAAGGCCAGAAUAAAACGUGAGAAGUAUUUAACACAAAAAAUCCUGCAUGAGUAUGAACUUGAAAAACUGAAGGAGAGACUGUGCCAAGGUGAUAAACGAGCCACGGAGAAAGAGUUCAUCGCCACGGAAGGGAGGAUGGAGUUAUCCAGAGCAAUGUAGCCCUGAAACCAACUGUUUGGGAUUUAGCUCAUUUUAGCUUUUUUUUUUUGUAAUCUGUGGUUUGCUCAGUAUGCAUCCUGUCGAAAGCUGUAGGAGAGUUCAAUCCUUCGCUUUCAGUCCAAAGAUUUUAGGCUUUUCUUUAAAAGCUUUACUGAGCUUUCAAGGUUUAGGAAAUCAACUGUUUGACUUCGGCACUGGUUUUUAUUUGCCCAUGACUUUGACUAAGAACUGUAAUCUUGUAAUCCUAGAAUUUGGACACCUGGUACGGGGAUUGUUACCUUCAAAGGGCUCACAGGAUAUGAUAAGGUCGUUAUCACCAAGCCCUCUCCCUGUUGGUAACUGCGAAGUUCCAGGACUGCUCUGUGGAAAAUGCUGAGAAUUAUUAAUUUUGUUACGUGAUCAUUUAAAUAGGAGAACACUCCUGAUACAAGGGUUAGGAUUUGGGGCUUUUUUUUUUUUUUUUUUUAAUAUCCACUAUGUCUUAUGAAACAUUGGUUUGCAGCUUUGAACUUCUAUAUACUUUGUAGAAGGAACUGAUUUUUAAAGUUGGCUUAAUUCCACUUGGAAUUAUUUACAGGCACAGAAUUCAGUUAAUACAUACUAGUGAAGUAAAAAAAAAGCCAUAAUUUAUUUUUAUGAAGAUACAGUUUGCCAAAGAGUUUGCUCUUUAAAUGUAGAUAUUGUGGAAUCAUCUAAUUGCAGUGGCUCUUGAAAAUAUGUAUUCAAUGUGGAGAAGUACAGUUAUUAUAUUUCUCAGUCUCAAAAACUGCCAUUUUUGGAAGAUUAUGUUUGCCAGUUUUGGCCAAAGCUGCUCCUUUAUUUAUUUAUUUGUUUGGAUUCUCUGUGAAUGCCAGCAAAGAGCUAAAGCUGUGUCUGUACUCGGUGCAUCCUGUGGGGUGUGACUGCACAGGGCAGUGGAUUUGAAGCUGGGUCACCACACUAAUUGAUCCAGCUGGAUGGUUUGUUCUUGGACUUUUAUCCAAAAGAUUUUAAGCAGGCCAGAUAAUCUGUGCUUAUGCUCUUACUGUCCCUAUACAUAGGAGCUUGGGGUUUUGGGGUUGUUCUUUUCUUUUUGUGUUUUUGUUUUUGUUUUUUUUUUAAAUUUUGAAUCUUUAAGAAGGGUAUUUUUCUCUGUUUUGUUAUGUGGCUUUUCUACAACAUGACUGAAUUUAUAAAUAUAUAAUAACUACUUGUGCAAAGUAUCUUCCAGCUGUUUAUGAAUGUGCCCUCAUUUUCUAAUUUGAAGCAUUUUAGGCAUUUUUAUCGUUUUGCUGUAUAUUUAAAACAUAUCAGCGCUUCCAUGCUUAGUGCCUUGUUUCUCUGCAUUUGGCAAAAGGUGUGAAAAUAAUCUCUGUUGGGCAGUGCCUAUUUCCAGAGCGUGCUUUGCAGGCAUCUGUGAGCCUGCAGACUGAGCUUGUUCAGUGUUAGCCAAACCGUGCCUGCCUUGGCCCACUCCUGCUUCAGUGCCACGUGAACUGAUCCAGGGAGCACUUCAUGCCUUGGUGGCUUAGUUAAAGUAACACCACAUUGCUGAGUUCUCUCAGGCUGAAGUGCAGAGGGUAGACAAGAUUAGGAAACUUUACUCUAUUUGCACUUUGAAAGUUAUACUUCCUUGCAAGUAUACACAAAAAAAAAAGGAGCUUUGUGUUCCACAUCAGCCUGAUCGUGUACUUGUUUCCUGGUACCACAGCUUAAGGUAUGUUGUUUUCUUGGUGAGUAACCCUAAUGUUGUAACAGUUUUAAAUCAGUGUCCUGAGUGGAGCUGUUGUUAUUAGCAAAAGGCUUAAUAUUAAAGUGCCUACCUCGAGCAGACAUCACAUGGUUUGGCUGCCAGUCAAGGAGAUGAUGCAGAUGUACAUUUCUCGUUACUGUAAGUUAUUCACCCUCGUUCUCUGAGUUUUGCUUGAGCAAUCAAGCAUGUUGGCAAUUCAUGUCCAUCAUGAACUGAUCAUGUUCUUGAAUAUUCAGAUAUCUUCGUAGCGGAUUUAUUAGAGGAAUGCAUGUGUAAAUAAAUUAGCUCUGCUGCUUAGUGUGUAAGCCAAAGAAGAGUAUCAUUCGCCAUGAUUACAUAUCCAGCACCACAAUUUGCACAAUGAAAGCACUGUGCUGCUUCUUGCACAUAUGCUGUUAAUUAAACUGCUUAAUUUAGAUGUCAUGGUUUUGCUACUGUUAGCAAUGCAAACAGUUACUUCAAACAGGAAGGUGAUGAGAUGCUAAAAGGAUAUUUCUAUGCAAAACGUACAAUCUGAUUGAAGCUGCAAACAGAUCUGGAAAUUCAGCAUUAGAAUAUGUCGUAAUGCUUCAUGGUAUUACUUUUUCGUAUACGGAAACUCUUGAAAAGAGAAUUUGUUGUCGUAUUAAGAGCUAACAUCACAUAACAAAAUAAGCCUUUACAUAAUAUUUUGCCUUCACCUGUCAUUAAGCAGUAUUCUAACUAAAGAUGGUUAGGUUUAUAACGGUUCACAUACAUUUCCUGAAACUCUUGAAAAAAAAGUGACAAAAGUCAGAAAAGUGGCCAGGUCAGUUUGGAGAUGUGCUGAUUCUUAAUAAUGGAAUAUUUCAUUUUGAUGGGUUUUGGUACCUAAAAGUGUUCUUUAACCAAAGCUGAAGAGAGUUCUGAGUUGGAACUACUGUAAUUUAAGCAACAAUAGAUUGCCUCAUUAGAAUGAGUUAGAAACCCAAAAAUUGCCUUUCAGCUGUAAUACAAUCAGGGAUUUUUUUUUUUUCCACUUAAAAUUUAGGGGUUUUUACCUGGGAAAGAUUUAAUGUGGUAUGUUCUAAGCAAAGGACUGCAAGAGAAGAGUGCUACUACGAGACACUAUACUGUUUUUUUUAUAGAAAAUGUUCUUACUAUGCUUUACUUUUUUUAUGCAAUGCUGUCAGUUUGAGGCUACAGAAUGGAGUGAAAAUAGAUGGACUUUCUAACUGUACUGCUGACUUUUUUUACAUGUACUGCUUGUUUGACUUGUACCGUCAUGUAAUCCGAGUGGCGUUUUUGUCUGCUAAGUUUGUUGCUGAUAUAUCUAAUACACUAAUGUCGGAGUAAAUUUUUUAAACCUUGCAUUCAGCUAACAUUUAAUAUGCACAUUGAAUAAGAUUUAAAUCUGGCCAAUAAAGCUGUGUCUGUUUUUAA